GAGGUUGGAGACCACGUGAGUCCCAUUCAGCCGUGAGCCGCAGAGAGGGAGUGAAUGGCGAGGGGUUCGUGUUGGGUGAAUUCCGUCAGUUCUUUUCUGCUCGUCUCUGUCGAUAUGCAGUGGGUUAAAGAGAAUCGCUAUUUUGGGGUUUGUUUGCUUUUCCAUUCAGUAUGCCUCCGUGAUUUUAUUUGGUUGCAUCGCUGAAAAUGCCUAGGCUGGAUACUGCACCAGUUUGUCAGCAACCAGUAGCUUCAUGUAAUGAUGCAGAUAUUGCGCCGUGCUGAUUCGCGUUUUGGAGCGAUAAAAACACUUUAACAGCAGUGAUGUGUCGUUGCAUCCACUGCGCCUUUUAUCUUUCGUCUAGCCAAUCGUGCCAAGAUCACUCCAGAUCGAAUCCUGUCAAUCAUGGGGGCAGAAGAUGGAAACCCUUGAAAAAUGGAAGAAAGACUUCAUAGCACUAAGGCUGUUGGAUAAGAAAAUAAACUCCAGACAAAAUGGCAACACAGGCAUGAUCGUUAAACGUCUCAACUCUUUCAAAGCCCACAAUCGUUUACAUUCCCAGCCCAUCACCCGUUCAGAAUGUAUAACAGGCUCCUGCCCUAACCUGAUCAUGAGUAGGAACGAGCACCACGACCCCAGGCCCCACCCAGUGGCCCUAACCCCUCAGCUGCCCCCGCGGGCCCACAGACCCCUCUGUCUGUCCGUCUCCUCCGACAGCAAUGGCCGCUUCAAAGCCCUGGAGACCCAGGAGUGGAAGAACAACCUCAAAGCUCAGAUGGAGCAGGCCCACAGUGCAGGGGCAGCCAGCAGCACGGGUUCUUUGGAGCGGGCAUCUCUGUUCUGCGCCUCGGGUUCCACCACUACCUCCAGCUCGGGCCUGUCCAGCCCCGUGGACACCCUCACCAAGAGCAAGUCCUCCAGCCGCUUCUCGCUCUUCUCUCCGCCCUGGAACAGCAGCUCCGAGUCCGACUCCAACCCGCCGUCACGCUCGGGCUCCAAGAAGCUGCGCAACUACAGACGGCAGGCGGGGGUCUCCAUCAGCAAGGCACAUGACACCCCCGAGGCCAGGCAGGGCGGCCCAGAGCACUUCCAGUAUUCUGAGCCAGUCAUCUCCAAGGUGACAGACCACAUCUACGUGGGCAACCUGAACGCAGCCUACAGCGGGCGCACGCUGUGCCGCAACAACAUCGACAGCAUCAUCGACAUGAGCAACCUGCCGGGGGAGGCCAGCCUGAGCCUCAUCCCCUGCACCUGCUCGCGGGGCACCAAGCACAGCUGGUCCCGCCUCAAGGUGGACAUCGGCGAGUUGCCCGAGGUGGUGCCGGAGAGCCCCGCGCUGAAGGCGCGCUGCUUCGAGGACAUCAACGAGUGCAUCGACGCCUCCACGGAAAAACGCAAGCGCGUGCUGGUGCACUGCCGCGACGGCUUCUCCCUGGCGCCCACCUGUAUCAUCCAGUACCUGAUGGUGCGGCAGAAUAUGCGGCUGAUCGCCGCCUAUGAGCUACUGAGGGCCAAGCACCCGCUCAACAUAAGGGAGUGCCACCAGAACGUGCUGGUGAGCCUGGAGAGAGCACUCAGGCCCGGGGGAAACAUGGAGCCUGAGUGCUUCAAACAAGCCAUCUCUCGGAAGGUUGCCUGGACCUGACCACUCUACCCUCAGGCCUGGGUUAGCUAGAUAUCUAUUAAUUUUCAUUUUUUUCACUAAAGAUAUUUCUCUCUAUUCAGAUGAAAUGGUCUGUGAAAAGUUCUGAAAAGGCAGCUUUUCUUUGCGAUUUAGUUGGCUGGUUAUUGUCGGUUGUCUAUUGGUUAUGAGUUAAACAGAUGCUAAAUAUUUUCCUCUCUCAGUGGUAGUGGUUUAGAGCUUGUGUGAAAUUUUGCCCGGCGUCGUUCUCAAAACAGGAUUCAGACCUGGGUUCUCUUUCAGGUUGGAAGAAAGUUCUCUGUACAGCUGCUAAAUCUUACAUGAAGUCCAAGUCUCUGUUGUCAAUGUCUGGACUUUGUGUUUCAUAAACUUGGGAUGUGGUUGGGGGCGGUGGGUAAGGGGGAAUAAUGGGGGAUCUCAGGAGACCAAGUGAUGUCACCACGGUGGCUGCCAUAAGAUGCCAGCGUCCAGUUGACUGAUAGCCCAUGUGCAGGGCAGCCUGAUGUCAACUUUUAAAGAACUUCUUUCUGAACGCACCGUGCAGUUUUCUGACCUCAGAUCAGAUCACAGGAGUUUCAGAUACGCAGCAUUCCUCAGCAACACGGACAGUCACAGCCACAGGGUUUUGGGACCGAAUGGAAAGUACCGUGUGUGGUGAAGAGUUGUCCUCUAUGAGGACAUUUUGUCCUAUAAUCAAAACUCUUUCUCAGUACCUUGACUAUUUGAAGAUUUUUUUUUCCACCUGAUUUUGUUUGCUUUGGCCCUGUUGAAAAUGUGAUCUCACGCUUCAGCUGUUGUGGAUGUGGUGAAACUGGAAGUGGCCAAUUGGUAUCUUUUUAACUGAGUGCCAGUAUUAGUUUUACUAAGUCUGAUUGUGAUGCAGUGUUCUACUGUUAGGCACGGUUAUUCAUUGCACUACUUAUAAGGUACUUAUGCACAGACAGUCUAUGUUUUGUUACAUUUGGUAGGACAGAUUUUGGUCACUAGUCACACAGCAAAGAUAGACCACAGGCUCCUUGUUUUGUUUUCGGUGCUGUAGAUUAAUAUUACUGUAAUAGCUGUACUGAUUACCAUUAGUGAUUUGCGAUAUUGUUCUCCCCAGUCAUCUUGUAACUCACUGGACACUUUAUUAGUAAUGGUAUUGCUCUUGCUCGUCAACAGUAGUGUUCAAUUUAGUUAUUCAGUGACCAAUGUAACAGGAAUGGAGGCUCAAAGUUGGGUGCCUUUGCUUGCUUUAUCUUGAGUCAGUGUUACCACACUGACACACUCUGGAUGCAGUGGUCAAGCAUUAACUAUGAGGUUAUUUGAUGCGAGAAUAUUAUCUAUAAGUGCUAUUGAUGUGCUGUGUGGCAUAUGUACAUCUUGUGGCAUAUGGCAAAAUACAGUUUGAUAUUAGUACAUGCUCGUCAUUGUAAAUGUUUUGUUUUCAGUGAUCAUGCUGUGAGCAGUGGCAGUAUAUUUUGUAAGUGGUGGUGACAAGUGUGUGUCAAUCUAUGCUAAUAACCUACAUUUCUCUGUAAACAUGUGUGCCAUUGAGAGCACCGCCGUGAUCUCUUGUUCUGGGCAUUACAGAAAGGUCAGACUUUGAAUCAGGUACAUUUGCCACCAAAAUUCCACAGCUGUCACCUUGGGCUGCCAAUAUGCCUGGUUAGUUUUUUUUUUAUAUUGUUUUCUCCUCCUUCCUUGAAAGAGUCAUGUGCUGUCUAACCUUUAGGUCUAACAACUUGAUCUCUCAGGUGAACUUUAUUGGCCUAGAAUUUUCUCAAUGAAUUUCAAACCAGAAUAUGUGAUAAUGUAUUUUCUGUAUCAUGUUUUUAGUCAUAUGCAUUUCUAUGUAGAUAUUAAAGACCAAGUUUAAGCCAGUA